GCUGUCGCGUGUUUCGAGGAAUGUUAUCAGAUGUCAUUCCCUUUCAUGAGUUGUUCUCCAGUUGUUCUCCACCCCAGCUACUAUUGGCAUUAGUGACGUCACACGCAGUGCCCGCCCUAGAUGGGCUGCACGAAGUCCGUCGGCUUCAAGUUAAAGGCAGCGUGACAGCCGAGCGGAGCGCAAUUCAGUCCGCAAUGUCGGUCUGGUGGCUGUGGGAGCAGCUGGACGCCCGGAGCGCCUUCAUCUUCAUUGUGGUGCUGUUGCUUGUGUCUGAUUACCUGAAGAACAGAAAUGGCAAAAACUUCCCGCCGAGUCCUAUUUGGGUGCCGUUUAUAGGCGACUUGUUCAGUAUGACUUCAGAUAAGCCGCACCAGUACAUGGCAAAGAAUGGAAAGUCAGCAGCGUGAGGAGCAGUGGGCGCCACUUCUGGUUCCAGUGACCUAAACCCGUCUUUUCCUGCAAGAAGCCAUCUUGAAAGAGCCAUCUCCACCACAACGGAUUAGUCAAUGGACUCCCAUAUCGCAGCAGAGUCAUUUGAUGAUUUCUUUUGUGAAAACCUUCAAGCAAAACGUUUAAUUAUAGAGGGUACACCUGUGAUACACCAA